AAACUAAUGCAGUCGUCAUAGACAUUAAUGCUAGUUUCUGAACAAUUUACAGUCGAUAAUGGAGCUACUUAAGUUGUCCAAAUUCAAGCUCCAGCUUCUAGCCCUAAUCACUGAAGCUCGACAUCUCAGGGAGAGAGAGCGCUUGGCGACUGAACAAAUUCAAGUUUUAGUCCAGAAACAAAAGCAAACCGAGGAGGACAAUUCUAGAAAGCUACAGGAAUUACAAGCGGAAUUAGCUUCGUCAAGUGAAUCUCGUCAAAAACUUGACAGACAGGUGAGCUUCCUUCAAAACGACAAUGCAUUGCUUGAGAGCAGGCAAAAGGAGUUGAAGGAAACUAUCAACAGAUUACUUCAGUCAAGGGAAAGUUUCCUUAAUGCUUACGAGGAAUCUACCUGUGAAAUGAAACGUUCAAUUGAAACCAGAGAUAGAAAGCUCAGUGUCCUAUAUGAGAAGAUAAACUCUCACUUGACAUUAUUUGAUUCAAUAGAAAAGGAGGCAUUGUUCAUUAAGCAAAUUGUGGAUAACGUGGAACGCCUUGUGAAUGAAAAAGAGGAAGUAGUUGAUAUCUUAAAGAGCAAAAUGGAAAAGGUCUCUUCACUUGAAAAAGUCUUUGUUGAAAGGAUUUCUCUCCUGGAAAGUAAACUGAAAAAUGACCAGGCUGAGUUCAGAAAAAAGGAUAAACUUAUUUCAGAACUAGAAGCCGAGCUGGAAGCAGCUAAAGUUAGUAAUGACAACCAAAGUCAAAUUGAAGAGCUUCAGAAAACUGUAUCAGCAAAGGAUAUUGUCAUACGGAAUCUGAUUUCUGAGAAAGAGGCAUUGCAUCUAGAGGUUGGAAGUUUAAGAGUUCUUUUGCAGAGAAUUCACGAUGCUGUUGCUAAUAUGAAUCAAGAGGAUAAGAAGGCAUUCCACAAAACAUUAGUGCUUAAAGAAGAAUGGGACACGAGUACACCAAAUGAAGAUGACAGGACUGUCAAUGUGGAACAAAAUAUCCAAGAAAGAUCACCAGUCAAGGUUUCCAUUAUAGCUGCUUCAGAUGAUAGAGUAUGUCAGGAGUACAAAUCAUUUGACAUUCAGUUGAGAGAGAACAAUAACUUGAAUUCCUGUGUGUCUGAGUUUGCUUGUUCUCCCCCAGAGUCAGCUUCCUCAGAACCUCAAGACACAUUAUAUGCUUUGGGCACUUCUAUGCCUGAUGGGAAGGACAACUGCAUAGGGCACCACCUUGAUUCUGAGUGCUCAAUGACCCAAGCAGAAACCUCAAAAGAUGCAGGUCAACAUUCUGGCGCUGGAGCAUGAUUGUGUAAUAAUUCUACUAACAUUUGCAGUAUUAUGUCUGAUAAUUUCUUCUUUUGCGAGGUAUGUUAAGAUUAAAUCUCUAACCAAAUUCGUGACUGCUAUAACAGCGUAAGAAUCUAAUUUUCUCGAGAAUUGAUUACCAAA